UGCCCCGUCCUGCCUUGGAGAAACAGCGGCAGUGGAAGCGGUGAGGAGGCUCCCCAAAGCCGGACGUCCCCCAAAACAGAGGAAUGGAGGAAUCACCAAGUCUGAAGGAUCAUUAUUUUGAUGUGUGUUUACAAAUGGAACGGGAAAAGAACCCUUUUAUCGUGCAUGCGCUUGAAGAAGCGGACAGAGACGAUGGAAAGUCAACGUGUGGAAUCACAAUAAAAAUAGCUGGGAAUAACCGCUUGGUGCCCGUUCAGAGGGUAACAGAUGAUGAUUUUGAAGCCCUCGCCUGUGUUUUAAAAAAGAACCCAUUUGUUAAAGGUCUGGAUGUCCGAUACAACUGGUUAACUGAUGCUGGAGCUGAACAUGUUGCAAAACUACUUCAGGAAACUCCUGCGCUCAAUUACUUGAAUCUUAUGUUUAAUGAUAUUGGCACCAAUGGCGCAGAGUUGAUAGCUAAAGCCUUACAUGGGAACCAAACUCUCAAACACCUAAGAAUGACUGGAAACAAGAUUGACAAUAAGGGUGGAAUGCAUUUUGCGGAAAUGCUGCAAAUUAACUCGUCACUGGAGAAACUAGAUUUGGGAGACUGUGAUCUGGGUACACAAAGCUUGAUUGCAUUAGCAACGGUACUAAUUCAAAACCGAGCAAUCAAGGGGAUAAACUUAAAUCGCCCUAUCCUCUACAGCCAAGAGGAAGAGCCCACGGUCCACGUCAGCCAUAUGUUAAGAGAAAACUCCCACCUUCUUGAACUGCACAUGUGCAAGCAUGACAUGAAGAAUUUUGGUAUGGAGCGGUUGUGCGACGCAUUGUAUCUAAACCGCAGUCUUCGAUACCUGGAUGUCAGCUGUAAUCAGAUAACUCGUGACGGCAUGAAAUUUUUGGGAGAGCUACUGAAAAGGAAUAAAACCCUGCAAGUUAUCGAUCUUUCUUCAAAUCGAAUAGAAGAUGAUGGAGCUAUUUACCUUAGUGAAGCCCUUGCCUUCUAUAACAGGAAUCUUAAAGCCUUAGCAGUGGGAAGCAACAAAAUCAGUGGAAAAGGCCUAGGAGCUCUUUCAAAAGCAAUGAAAACAAAUCACACUCUUUCCAAUAUCUACAUAUGGGGAAACACACUUGACGAAGCUACUUGUUUGGCAUUUUCAGACCUAAUUGAAACGGGGCGGCUGAGACUGGAGCAUACCGAUGUGGAACCAUACGUAGUGGAUGGGCAAGUUUAUCUUUCUGAGCUCUCCCACGGCAUCAAGAAGCAUUAUUACUGGACACCCAGUUUUGGAGAAAUUGAUGGCCCGGCAUCUAACGCGGGUUUUGCCAUAACGCCAACAGCUCAGCAUCUGUGAAACCUUCUUAAAAUCGUUUUUGCCUUG